UCUGAUUUUCUGUAGUGUGCAAGUUUGGWCUCUCAGGGCCGCUGUUGACUAGUGCAGAGAUUUUUCUGCUUUAUGAAACCUUAAACAGAGAAAACAACGCUCAGCCAGCACACAAGCGUCGAGGCAGCAGACGUGAGACACACUGUCUGUGAUUCAUUUAUUUAUGUAUGUUUUUUAUAAGUAACGAAGGAACAAAGUGUGUUUUUUCUUGGACUUUUUUAUAUACUAAAUAUAACAUCGGCAGAUUGGAAUAAAAUACCCCUUUUGGAUAACCAGCAUUUUCUGAGGAGUGAAUGUCGGACAGAACAAUGAAACGGCAAGUACCGCUGCUGAUCUUUUUCUCUCUGGGUUCGGUAUUUGGCCAGGYCACAUACUCGAUCCCAGAGGAAAUGUCAAAAGGCUCCGUGGUUGGUAACAUAGCGCAGGAUUUAGGAAUAGAUGUGAAAAGGCUGAAGUCUGGCAAAGCGCGGAUUUAUACAGAGGACAAAGCAGAACACAUCCAGCUGAACACGGGCAGAGGGCUGCUGCUCGUCAAAGAAAGGAUCGACAGAGAGGCGCUGUGCGGGCAGACAACUCCGUGUGCUUUGCAUCUGCAAAUCACGCUGGAAGACCCGAUUGAAUUCUACUCGGUUACUGUGGAAAUUAAUGACAUCAAUGAUAACGUGCCCACAUUCAAAAAGGAGGAGAUGAGGUUUAGGAUCAGCGAGUCGGCUGUUAUCGGAGCAAAAUUUGUCCUGGAGAAAGCGAUGGAUCUAGAUGUGGGCGUUAACAGAGUGCAGGGUUAUUCACUAAAACCUGCAGAUAAUUUUAAUCUGAAAGUUCACAAUCAGCAGGAUGGAAGCAAAAAUGUGGAGAUGGUUUUGAAAAAGCCUUUAGACAGAGAGGCGCAAGAUCACAUCUCAUUAAUCCUCACAGCUACUGAUGGCGGAGAGCCUCAGCUGUCAGGAACAAUGCGAGUGGAAAUUUCUGUGUUAGACGCUAAUGAUAACGCGCCAGUGUUCACACAAAAUGUCUAUAAAGUUAUUGUCCCAGAAACAGCUUCGAAAGGCACAAAUCUGUGCACAGUGACUGCUACAGAUGCAGAUGAAGGUUUAAAUGGAAACAUUUUGUUCUCCAUAGCAAACACAUUAGAUGACGUCCCUACCAUGUUUCAAAUUUCUGAAGAAGGCGGGGUCGUGUCUCUUAAAGGAAGUCUGGACUAUGAAAAAAUACAGCUGUAUGAAAUACAUGUACAAGCUAGUGAUGAUGGAGGACUAACAGACUCAUGUAAAGUCAUUGUAGAAGUGACUGAUACGAAUGACAACAUUCCAUCAAUAAAUAUUAUGUCAAAAACAAAUUCAGUUUCAGAAAAUUCUGGACCAGGAACUGUUGUGACAAUAUUUAAUGUUCAGGAUCCAGAUUCAGGAGAAAAUGGAAAGGUUGCAUGCAGUAUAGAAGAGCACAUGCCGUUUUUAUUAAAAGCAACGUCUAAGAAAUUUUUCAGUUUAGUGACAGACAGUGAGUUGGACAGAGAGAGAGCCUCUGAGUAUAAUAUCACAGUGAGCUGCUCUGAUGAAGGAGUGCCCUCCCUCUCCAGGCCGCUGUUCACCAUAUUUGUCCAAUAA